UUUUAAAGAUUCCAAUAAUUUUUCAGUUGCGCAGACGGUUGCAACACAAAAUCCAACCUAUUUUAUUUCAAAAUAUCCACUAUGAACGAAUUAAAGAAUAAUUAAAAGACGCCAACCGUACUCGAUGAAAUCCCGUCAAAAACUCCGUUCGUGCUUUUUUAUGGUCUAUUUGUCCCUUUUUGGACAGGCAAAGGGUUCUGAGGUUCAUGUUUUUUUUUUAAGUUUUUCUGCUCUAUUGGAUAAAUUAAUCCGUGUUUUAUCAACUUGGAUUCGAACAUAAUCAUUAUUAAUUUACGUCAAUUUACCGAAGAUUAGGCGAGAUUCUUUGUCAACAACGUAUUAAUACCACUGCACGCCUCGUAGGCAGUCACGCCCAUCAGGAAUAUAUAAUUGGAAAAAAUAAAGGCAGUACGAAGAUGCUUUUCUUUAUCGGUCAAACGUGUAGAAAAAUUAAAAAUAGUGGAAGCAGAAUUUUUUUUUUAGAGCGGCCACACCACGAAAUCCCUGCUGCAGGCAGUGUUCUUUUUUUGAGCUCAACUUACAAAAAUUACGCUAUGGCUUCUAAAGCUUUUUCGAACCCUUUUAUUCGUCACGUAGCGAAAAGGGGAUACGCUCAAGCCGCCCCAGCAGUGAAGAAGGAUGUCCGGAUACAGUCUGCUGUCCUGCCCAAUAAAACAUUUGUGGCUGCAUUAGACAAUGACUCCCCCGUUACUCGUGUAACCAUUGCUUUCAAGGCGGGAUCCCGGUAUGAACCACAAACUGACUUAGGUGUGGCUCAUGUGCUCCGAUCUGCUGCUGGUCUCUCCACCAAAAAUGCCAGCAGCUUCAUCAUUGCUCGACAACUUUCUCAAAUUGGGGCCUCUGUCACGGCCUCUGGAGACCGUGAGUUUGUCUAUUACACUCUUGAGGCAACUCAAGACAAUUUCCAAGCAGCAGUGGAAAUGUUGAACAAAAUUGUUUCCAACCAGGAGUUCAGACCUUGGGAAAUGAGUGACAAUGCUCCCCGUCUCAAAUAUGAUCUAGCUGCAUUGCCACCACAGGUGCGUGCUGUUGAUCUGUUACACAGAGCAGCCUACCGACGUGGUCUAGGCAACUCGCUCUAUAUUUCACCGAAGAGAAUUGGAAAAGUUUCCUCUGAGUCAAUGCAGCAUUAUGCUACUAGCAAUUUGACUCCUAGCCGUUGUGCUAUUACUAUCAUUGGAGACAGUCAAGAAAAGGCUGGCUUAGUUGCAAAUGCUCUCCAGUUGGGUUCGUCUGGUGACGCUCAAGAUGAACCUUCCAAAUACUUUGGUGGUGAACUUAGAAAGGAGAUGGGCGGAGACUUAGCGCACGUAGCUCUGGCGGUGCAGGGCGCUCCCGCCGGCUCGCCACAGGCACUCGCUUUGGCUGUCGCUGCUAAAGCAUUAGGUAACGGUCCUAUGACGAAGUGGGGUGCUGACAACUCGCCGCUAUCCAAAGCCGUCGGCAACGUGGGUCCAUUCGCGGCGGCUGGAUUCAACGUCGCCUACUCCGACAACGGAUUGUUUGGAGUUGUCCUGUCCGUGCCUAAAGACGAAGCUAGCGCUGCCGUAUCAUCAGUAGCGAAGCUCAUGAAGAGCGGUUCUCUUAGCGCUGAAGCCAUCAACGCUGGUAAAAACCAAUUGAAGUUGCAAGUACUGAGCGAGGCCGAAGAUGGUACAUCACUAGCUGAAUCUUUAGCUGCCCAAGGACUAUACAAGGGCACUGCCAGAUCACCGGCUGACAUUGCCAGAGAUAUCGACCAAAUCAAUAGCAGUACUGUCAACCAGGUACUGGCUAACGCAUCUAAAUCCAAAAUAUCAAUGGGAGCUGCUGGAAAUCUUGCAUUUGUCCCUUAUGUUGAUGAAUUAUAAAUGCAAACAAAUUAGUUUGUUUAUUAUUUUAAUUUGUAUAUUCCAUCAGACAAGUAAUUACUCUAGAGUGAUUUGUAAUUUAUUGUUUUGAAAAAUAAAAAAUAAUCUAUUGAAAAAUCCA